CUCAUUUCGGAGACAAAAGCCUCUAGUGCUUUUUCAUUUGCUAAAGGAAGUGACGCAGUUGUUAAUGUGAACGCCGAAGGUAUUGGAGGAAAGAGGGCACUAAAGCGCACUGUGAUCUCCAGCAUCUGUCUUCCCCGUUUUACCUUCAGCCGCCACCUGAAGCGAAGCCACACACCAUCCGCCUCGCGUGUAAUACCAAUCACGUUAACACCUUUCCAAACAUCAUACAAAAGGAAUCUCACGAAACAAAAAUAAUACACGGAAAGACAGAAAAGGAGAGAGAGACCCUCCUCAUUGUGAUUGUCAGUAAAGAGAUGCGGGCUCAUGUGGAAGGCCGCUGUCGAGCUCUGCAGCGUCUCGCGCAGCGCGCGUCGCCGCGAGCGCUGUGAUGUGAAUAUUAAUGAUGUUGCGCGAAUCUCCGCGCUCAUUUUCACCGCUUUCACCCAUAUGAGAGCUAUAGACAGGAAGUUUCAAGAGCAGCAUGGCAGAAGCCCCUGUUGGUGAGGACACACACAAAGAGCAGGAUAGUGCCACCCCACUUACUCAUGACACCCUGCUGGGGCUUGGGUCUGGUCUGUGGGGGAGAGUACUGAAAGCAAGUGUUACAGCUGGAGCUUUCCUCCUGCUGUACACACUGUCUCAACUCACUGGUUUGUGGGUCCUUUACAUGCUGAAUGGAUACAGGGCUUUUCCAGCAGCACACAAAGUUUUGGAUCUCCUUCAGUACCUUCUCUCCACCAAUGAUGCCUCUGAUCAGCAGGUGGAGAUUUGGAGGGUGGAUAGUUUGUUGCCCCUCAUAGCCACACUCUUCUUAGGCGUAGUCAUCCUUGGUAUUGGAACGCUGUUCUGCAUAAAAACCCUGGUGCCUGGCAACCCCCCUUGUUUCCCUGAAGACCGGCGUCAGUCAAUGAGCAGGCAACCCUCCUUUACAUAUUCAGAAUGGACAGAUGCUAAACAAGAGGAUUUCUACGAGUUGGAUGCUGUUCCAGAGACACCUGUGUUUGACUGCUUUAUGGACAUGAAGACUGAGUCUGACCCGGCCUCUCUCACGGUCAAACCUGUGGGCUUGCAAGAAAGGAGAGGUUCAAACGUGUCACUGACUUUGGACAUGUGCACCCCUGGAACUACAGAGCCCUAUGGGGCAUUGCUGUCCCCCAGAGAGCAGAGCACACAUGAAUACCUGCAGAAUGCAUCCAACCUGCUUACACCUGAGGAGCUACACAAGCGUGCUCUGGACGAUGCUGCACUGCAGGCUGAGUUCUAUGAGACACCCAUGAACUUUGUGGAUCCAAAGGAAUAUAACAUUCCUGGUGUGGUGAGGAAGAAUCGCUACAAAACCAUACUACCAAACACACAUAGCAGAGUGUGCUUGAAAGCAAAAGAGGAGGGUGAUUUUCUUAGCACCUACAUCAACGCAAAUUAUUUGAAGGGCUAUGGAGGGAGCGAUAAGGCGUACGUAGCCACACAGGGUCCUACUGUAAACACAGUGGGGGAUUUCUGGAGGAUGGUUUGGCAGGAGCGCUGUCCCAUUAUUGUCAUGAUCACCAAUAUUGAAGAGAAAAAUGAGAAAUGCACAGAAUACUGGCCAGAGAACAGUGUGACUUAUGAGGGUAUCGAGAUCACUGUCGAACAGGUUAUUCAGACAGAUGACUAUAGUCUGAGGAUUUUCACUGUGAAGAGUGAGGGUGAGGAGCGUACUCUCAGACAGUACUGGUACACAUCCUGGCCGGAUCAAAAAACUCCAGAUAAAGCCCCACCUCUGCUGGAAUUGGUUCAGGAAGUGGAGGAAGCAAGAAAACAGGCUCCUCCCAACAGUGGCCCUGUCAUUGUCCACUGCAGUGCAGGGAUUGGACGCACUGGCUGUUUCAUUGCUACCUCCAUCUUGUGCCAGCAACUAAGCAAUGAAGGGGUGGUUGACAUCCUGAAGACCACUAGCCAGCUACGCUUGGACAGAGGUGGGAUGAUUCAGACAGCGGAGCAGUAUCAGUUUGUUCAUCAUGUACUCAGCCUGUAUGAAAGACAGCUUCGGAAGACCUCAGAAGAGUAGAGCCUCUAUGAGUGCACAACCUUCACACCACUCCUCACAGAGCCGAUGACCUUCAUCUGAACAUAUGUGGCAAGCACUGACUUUCAGUACUUCAUGUCUUAACAAAUAACAGUAGUUUAGGUUGAACUAUCUUUUACGAGCAGGCACAAUAUUAGAUUUCAUCUGUUCCUUAAUUCUACCUGCCUGCUCUCCAAUCUCCUCAGCCAAUAGCCAAAUCUCAUGCCUAAUCAAGACACCGAUCAGUUAUUAAACAUACUUUUUCUAUUCAUCACCAUUACAGUAACAUAAACAAUACACAAUUACUGCCCUAAUAACAAUUCUCAGCAGACCAUCAGUGCUCAAACAUGACAAUAUUUGUUUGUGUGUAUACUUCAUAUGAAGUGGUUUGGUAUGAACACUACAACAAGCAGACAUCGAGGCCUCCAUUUGGCUGAGACUAUGUAAAUUUAACAUUUAAGGACCUCUUCGAUUUCUGAGCCUACAAAUACAGCAAUUUCCUUUUACUGCGAAGACAUUUUUACAGGAUUUAUAACUUAAUGUAACUAAGAUUCGUUGUAAAGUGUGUUUAUACGUACAAAUAUCGGUUUCACAUGUUGAAAGAGCAACCUCUUGGCAAUCUAAACUGUCAGUAUGUAUGUGUGCAUGACUAAGUGUGUGUUAGUGCUACAGAAAGAGGGGCGAAAGAGAAAAUGUUUACUAUGUGUUAUGAUGAUUAUCAGACUCCGGAUGUGUGGUUGGUCUCAAAGGAGAACUGAACCUACCACGUUUAAUACAAAAUGGCCUUAAUAUGUGUCUUUCUGUUCUAACUGGGGUCCAUGUGGAUGUUUGUAGAUGUUGUUGGGCAGAUCUGAUGGCAAUGUGGUGUUACAGCCUGUCAUAGUCUCAAUAAGUAAGAUUGGGAGAAAGACCAGUCUCAGUACAGAAUGAUUUACAUUUUCCCUGAGCAAACCUUUGCCUUCUUGGUGUGUUGUUGAAUGCUACAGUAUAACUUGUGAAAGGUUUUAUUUGGACUCUAAAAAGCAUUGAUGCUGCACCUCAAGGUUUUGUAUGUAUUAAAAUGCCGAAACACUGUAUUCAACUAAUGUUCAAUUUAUAAAUCAUAGCUCAUAUCAAUAGCAGAAUUCAUGACAACAGGACAUAUGUAGUUGGGAUGUUUUUGCUCUGUACGUCCAGGUUACUGUGAGUUAUUAUUACAUUUAUUUUAUUUGCUUGUUUUACUCUGCUUACAUUAUCAUUGUUUCUAUGUGGGUCUGAGUAUCUGAUUAGUUAAGAUGUAUAAUCAGUAUUUGCCCAAGUUGGCAGCUCAUACAGCUUUGCUGAGACUUGCAGUUUGCAUGAGCAAGUACAUUUAGAACUUUUUAAUUAUGCACAAGAGAAUUUUGAAAUUUUAAGCAGACGUCUGUGUGUGAUUAUGUGCAAAAGCUUCUCAUAUGGCAGCAUCUCUGCUGUCAGAAUAAGCAUCUUCAAUCAAUGACCUCAUAUGAUCCAGCUGGAAGUACAACACUGGAACUCAAAUGCAAGUUAUACUUCAACUUUCUUUAAAAAGAAAGUUACUGCUACUACCCUAAUUGUCUCCAGUUGUCCUCUAACUAGUCAUAUGUCCUCAAAAUGAUGUUUCCUUUCAGGCAGCUCUGUGCUGAAAUUUGGAAGUUUACAGAAGCUCAAACACUCCCUUUUUUACACAGGAGAUUGUACUGGCUUUUUAGUGUUGUUAGUUCAAGGCCUCAACAUACUGUAGUUUGCCAGAAAUGAGAAUGUGCUUUAAUUGCUGCUGUUAUCAUAGUCUUUUUAUUAUUGCAGAACUGCUUUUGUGUUUUAGUUGGUAUUGAGUGGUUGAAUUGUAUUAUUUGUUUUUUAAUUAACUGACAUAUUAGUCAUAUUUAUUGAAAGAGUUUUGUCUCUGUUUUGUGCUGUUGUUACACUGCCAAAGACUGUAGUGAUUGGUCCAUACCACAAAACCUGAAAAAAUCUAAAACAUCUAAAAAUUCUAUAUUUCCAAACUUUGAAUACCGUAGCCAGUUUUAAAAUUGUGGACUUGAAUGAAACCAGCAUUUAUAUAUUUUUAUCCUGUUUUUAAAAAUGAAGAAUCUGGAUCCCCACAGCAAAACCUGCUCUCUCGCUAACCUGUCAUCCGUAGUUCAGGAUUUUUUUCUAAUGAUACACUGGUCUAGUUUUAUCUGAUAUUGUUCUCUGCCUUUGCAGAGUGCUUUUGAUACUGCGUCUUCAUCAUGCAUUAAAAGUGUUAAAGGAAUAUUCUGGGUUCAAUACAAGUUAAACUCAUUCGACAGCAUAUAUGGCAUAAUGUUGAUUACCACAAAAGACCAUUUUACUCAUCUGUCCUUUUCUUUAUAGAAAAGAGGUUACAGUGAGGCACUUACCAGAGAAGUGAACGUGGCCAAUUUUGGGAAGGCUUAAAGGCAGAAAUGUGAAGCUUAUAUUUUUAUAAAAACACUUGCAUUAAUUCCUCUGUUAUAACUUUUUAAAGUUUUAUUUGAGUUGUAAAGUUGUUCAAGUUGUCAUUUACAAGGAUUACAGGGUUUACAGCGUUAUGUUGUCAUGGCAACAAAGUUGUAAAAUUGGAUAAAACUUUACACAGAAAAGGUUGAUAAGCGAUUUUAUCACACUAAAAUCAUGUAAACACACACAUAUGGUUUACGUCUUGUAGCUAUACUUUUGAAACUGUGAGUAUUUUAAUGUUUACAGAUUGACCCCUAUUCACUUUCAUUGUAGGUGCCGCGCUGUAACCAAGAUUUUUGCUUUUUUUGAAGAAAAGGAGGGACGAGUCGAAAUUAAUUUUUGUGGUAAUCAACAUUAUGCCACAAAUGCUGUCAGUUGAGCUUAAUUUGUAUUGAACCCGAAAUAUUUCUUUAAAAAUUAAAGUGAACUGAAAGUAGGUACUCUAUGAAGUUAUUAUUCUGCAUUUUGUGGAACUAGUUUCUCUGGACAACUGUGCUUUCAGCAAAACAGCAAAAUUUUCCCCAAUUUUCCACUCUUUCAUCUUAGAUAGAUUAUAAGGGCACCGUUUAUGUUUAAAACUUUCCCCUAAUGUAAAACCUAUGCAAAACUUAUUUAGAGAGGUAACUGAGAAAACAGUUUUUUUAUUUAAAGUGGUUAAUUUAACUCUUUAAAGGAAUGCACUAAUUGAGGCACUAUCGACAGCAUUUGUGGCGCAGAAAAUAAUUUUGACUUCCCUCAGCUAGGCAAUAAACAUUAAAAUACACACUGCUUCAAAAGAAAUCACAAGACAAUCAAACCUUUCAACUUCAUUGCCAUGUCCAUAUGAUGCCAGUAAAGCUAACUUUCACAUGACAAACACAAGGAAGCAAGGGACUGGAAAAAUCUCUACUCUCAUGAAUUAGCACCUAGUAGUCCCACCUCAAAAAGGAUGAUUUAAAAAAAACUUUACAGCUAAAAUAUUUAACAUGUUUUGCUGAAUAAUUGUGUUAAAUGUGCUUUACAAAAUAUUUCUGCUUUUAAACCUUCCAGGCCCAGUUUAGUUCCAUUGUAAUUGUGUCACUGUGACUGCAAUUUUUUGUUUUGUUUUUUGUUUUGAGGAAUGGGUUAUAUUUAUUUUCUGUGAAAAUUAAUAUUAUGCCACAAAUAGUGUUGACAGUCAAACUUGAACCCUAAACAUUCCUUUAAGGAAAUGUUUUGUUAUUUUGAACCAAAUCUGUGCAUCUAUUACAUGCUGUUUCUCACCCCGAUGGGCCAUUGACUGGUUCUGUACUGUGUCUGCCAGGACAACCUUGCUGAGACUUUUUUCCAGAGUCACUUGUCAAUUUCAGGACAAUACUGUUUUAGGUCAUCAGCACUCAUUCAGUGAGUUUGUUCACACUGAGUAAAUUCUAUUUAAACAAGACUUUUUACAUGGGUAUAAACUAGGCCUUUUGUAGUCUGAAUCACUAGUGCCCACAAAUAUAACAAGGAAAUCCAAAUUUUUUGGGGAUGUACUAAUUUAUUCUUUGGGUAAAACGUUUAAUCUUUAUGCAUUCAAUGCAUGCAGCAAUCUUGAUCAGGGUCAAAUCAAAGUUUUUCAUACAAUCCUGUGCCGUUAAUGUUACCUGAAGAAUAAUUUUUAUAAUUGAAUCAAAGAAUAUUUUUAUCACUGUUGUGGUUCAUAGAUUGCUAGAGAAGGGCUAGAAUUGCAGUUUAGGGGAGUCGUGCCCCUCCCUCAGCUCACUGCCCACUCACUCUCAGUUGGACCCACUUCCUUCAGAACACUCCAUCUGUCAGGCCCAUCUGUGUUGCCAGAGAAGAGUAACACACACAUAGGCACAGCAAACAAAUAUAUCAUUAUAUCAUACAAACAAAUAAGCUCUUGGGCCAAUCUAGCCUGCAUUAUAACCACAAAACAGUAAUUGUAAUAUAUUUUCAAGAGAAUCUGGAAUGUGCUCUUUUAUUUUUAAAUGAACUUUAAUUGAAUAAUCAUGAACUACUCACUACCAGCAUAAUAUGUCUUUAUGCACUACUGUACAAAGCUAAAACAAGCACAAAGAUGAAAUACUGAUUUUUGAAUGUGAAUACAGAGACCUGUGCCUCAGCUGUCUUAAUAUCUGACAUUUCAAUGCCACCCAGGUAUUUGGCCUUUUUCUUCUUCAUUUCACCUGACAUAUUUUCAAGAUUUUUUGUUCAGAAACCAUGCAUAGAACAGUGUUUUAAUAUGUUAUGCUUAUUUAUGGUCUUUUAUUGUGAUUUUGUUUGAAAUGUUUAGCGCCCUUCAGUCUCAAAAAAGAAAAACGUUUAAUUUUAAUCCUGUUCUGUAGUGAAAUAGAUGUAGUUUGGAAAAUACAAUUUGCCUCAUUACUUUCGUAUUGUUCCUCUGCUUUUAAGAUCUAAAUAGAAUGUAACAUGAUUAAGUUUACAAUAUCAUGGCUUGUAUUAUUGGUAUAUGCUUUAAUUUUUAAAUAAAAAUAACUUUCUGUUAAUCAGGACUGUGGAGUGAUUGGCGUUUGAUUGACAUGGUGACAAUGUGCUAAAGUCUAAUAAAGAUGCUUUACCAGA